UAUGAAUUUAAUCCAUAAAGCUUACAAGGCUGUUAAACCAGUGGUAAUAAAGAGGCUGCGUGGAGGCUUAGUGCAAUUAUUCCAGUGAUUACUGUCUGGCUGUUUAACAUGUUGCAUGCAAAGUUAAUGCGAGGUCAAAAGCCUCAGCAGUGUGACAAAUAAAACAGUAAACUAAGACCAAUAACAAUAAGAUUCAUAAAUUAAGGUGUGCAGAUUAAUUUGCAAAAAAAAAAUUCCACAGCUAUUUGUCUUUGACGCACAGUCACUAUAGAUUUCACAGAAAUAGCGUCUGGCUGCGUCAGAUUGCGCACCGUUCACAAAAGCACUUUGGCAAACACUGGCGGAGCUCUAAUGGCCUAGCAUGGCUGAUCAUGUGUUUGCCUCUGUCCUCACACAAGUUAGCAAAGGAUUAUCCUCCCGCAUGCAAGCCUUUGCCGUCACUGCUGGAAAUGAGCACAAGCUCAUGGCCACGUUGAAAGGUCACUGGUCCUGACGCUAGCUAGCUACUGCAAUUAGUUUCACUAGCAUGCAGAAAAUCCCCAGAGAUUAAGUCUGACCUCCCGCCAAUAACACAUUAUCUCUCAUGUCUAGAGAAAAUGUUUUGUUAUUCUUGCAAAUUCAUCACAAUCUAUAGACUUGGCCAUAAAAAAACCACCAUGUUAAGUGUCAAAUAUUUAGUUACAAAAUAACUGCACUUGCUUUAUCAUGAGCUACCUUGAGAGAACUGCUCCAUACCAGUUUCAUAUCACCUUCAACUGCAACAUGAUGAUGCUACUGGUACUAUUUACAGUCACAGGUUUACCUAUUUAACAUUAGCAUUUAGCAUUAGCGAAUGUUGUAGCGAUCAUGUGCUACAGUUGCAGAAAGGCCACACGACCUCCACCUGAUUCCACUCUUACAGUGAUUGUCAUUUGUGUACUUUUUACACACUGCGUUAACUCUGUUUUAAGCUCAGUAAAACAUAUGAUCAUUUGCUCAGUCUGGGAGAAUAACCAAUCCCAAUCGCACUGCAGACAGCAACAGCACAAAAUUAGCACUAAGACAUAAAUGUUAGCAAGGACUUACGGAUUUGAGUGUGGCAUUAAAACAUGAUCAAGCAUGUGACCAAGAGAGGGAGGUUUGUGCAUGUGGUAGUCGGCCAACAAAGAAGACACGGGCUUGCAUUAGUCCGUUAGGCUUAGUGCACUACACCUUAGGGUAAUGACCUUUGGUUUUAACAGCUUUUGAUUGGCCAAAAGAAGCUUUGUUGUCAUCAAGAUUGAUAGGCCAUCACAUACUGAAUGGAAAGGCUUGUGGUACAAAUACAGGUGAGAGGCACAGCCUCAUCACUUGCGACGACACUUGGUAACUUGCAGAGGGAAAGGAGGACUGAGAGGGAACUUCCUACAUUUAAGACUGGAUAGUAAAAUGGCACUCCCCUUGGGUCUUCUCUGCAUCUUGUGCUUUGUUGGUUCAGUUAUCAGCCAAGACAUGACCUACGAAGAAUAUAUGGCCCAGAUCCAAGCCUGCCCUCAAGAGUGUACCUGUCCCCCCAACUUCCCCCGUGCCAUCUACUGUGACAAUAAAGGUCUAAAGAGCAUCCCCAAAAUCCCUACAAAUACCUGGUAUCUCUACUUGCAGAACAAUUUAAUAGAAGUGCUGUCAGCUGAUGCCCUGCGUAAUGCCACACAGCUCCGCUGGUUGAACCUAAACCGCAACAAAAUCACAAGUGAAGGAGUGGAAGAAGGUGUGCUGAAUGCAAUGCCUCACCUCGUGCACCUGUAUAUGGACGACAACCUCUUGUCUUCUGUGCCAUCGCAGCUGCCAGCCAGCCUAGAGCAUCUACGAGUCUCUCGCAAUCGUAUCUCCAAGAUCCCUGCCGGAGUCUUCAUUGGUCUGGAUAAGCUAAACCUCCUGGACCUCCAGGGAAACAAGCUCAUGGAUGAUGCGGUGACUGAGGUGAGCCUGAAGGGUCUGAACAAUCUGGUGCAAAUCAACCUGGCCAAGAACCAGCUGACGAGCAUGCCUCUAGGGUUACCUCCCACCAUGACACAGCUUUUCCUUGAUGGCAACAACAUCGAGAAGAUCCCAAUUGGCUAUUUUAAAGGUUUGCCUAAAGUGGCAUUUCUGAGGCUCAAUCACAACAAACUUGGCAGCAGUGGAGUUCCAAAAAAUGUGUUUAAUGUCUCCAGUAUUUUGGACUUGCAACUGUCCCAUAACCAGCUGACUGAGGUGCCCGUCAUUCCCGCAGGCCUUGAACAUCUUCUCCUGGACCACAACAUGAUCAAAAGCGUAAAUGGCUCCAACAUCUGUCCCGUCUCAGUCGACACCAUUGAUGACUCUGUCAAUGAAAGUGUUCCUCGAUUGCGCUACCUCAGACUGGACGGCAAUGAGAUUAAGCCGCCCAUUUCGAGGGACAUCAUCCUCUGCUUCCGUCUCCUUACGUCCAUCGUCAUCUAAGAAAAGAAAGGAAAAUCAAAUCAAGCAAGCAACGUGGAUGCUGGUGUGGGAAAACAGGACACUUGUGAAACCAUAGAUUGGAUACGUUGACGUGAUAAAUAUUUGCAUGUUUGUGAAACUAUGUGACACCAGUUGGCAUCAACUUGUUUUUAUUGUUGUGUCUCAAGAAAAAGCUCAUGUCGCAGUUCCAGGAAACUUCUUUUCCUUUAGGAAGUGACAGAUUAGAUCAUUUAUCCGAGGCUGAAAUCUGCUGACCACUUGUGCCUUAUGCUGUUAACAACUGCGAGAAGAGUUGUGAACCAAAGUCUAGUGUAAAAUAGCAUGAAAGUGACACAGGGAGAAAAUCUCUAUUCAUGGCAUGUGGAUAUAUAUAUAUAUAUUUUUUGUUUUUGUUGUGUGGGAGACCUUCUUGUAUGCAGGGAAUUGUGGGUAUGAGAGGGAUUUUUUAGUUAUAUCUGUAGACUUGGUCUUGUGUUCUUAACUUUAGACAGAGACUAAGUUCUACAAGCAUGUACAUGUACUGUAGGUAAUUUAUUUUUUAUUUAAAUUCGUUUGAGUAAAAGGUCAUUAUUCUACACAUACAAAGGCCAACACUCUUUUCCAUUCCUGAUUCAAAUGAGCAGGAUAAGGAUAAGCAAGAGAUGAAAAUGUACUCGUCUUCAAUUUGAAUAAAGUUUGAGAAAAAU